AUGUCAACAAUUGUGCAUUCAUUGCGCGACUACCGUCCUCCCACACGCGAUGAACUGUUUGCUCAGGCGUUUGGACUUCCGAAUGACGAGACUAUAUACGUUGAUGCGGCGGGAAACCGUGCAGAAAUUGUAUCUGCCGUGUUGACUUUGUUAAACCCUGUGGAGAACAAACAGCAAGAGGAUUUGAUUUACGUGGGCCGUUUGACUCUUUCACAGUCGUUCCUAUGCUUUGCUAGUCAGGGUGAUCGUGGUCGUGGCUGCCGUGUAGUCCUGCCACUUUCCACAGUUCGGCGCGUAGAGCGAUUGAAUACACGGGAUGCAGUGUUUGCAUUGAGUAUCAGCGUUUGGCACGGAAUGCAGCUCAUUUUUCAACUGAACGCAUUGCGUUUUACAUGUGAAGGUUUUUGCAAUGCGCUGCGCGAUCGACUUCGGGCGCAUUUGCACGCGAUGAAGCAAAUCAAACCAUUUAUCGCCAGCUGUUACAGCGAAUCUUUACAAUUGGAGGAGCCCGAUGCGGACGGCGUUGUAGGCGAUGGCGAUGAUGCAUCAGCCAAACUUGUGGAUGUGCCUUCCACAGAUAAUAAUGGUAAGCCCGCUUACCACAUGGGGCUUGGCGCAACGUUUGGUUUCCCUGGCGAUCCCAAAAAAUUAAAAGACAAGAGCAAGAUGCGGCUAUGGAAAGAGUAUACUCACAUACACGGGCGGAAUAUUACACUUCUUCGCUACCCACAAUUUGUUCGGCUAGUUCAAGUGGGAUUGCCGAACCGUCUGCGUGGUGAAAUCUGGGAAGUUUCGAGUGGGUCCAUUUUGCGCCGCAUGGCGAAUAGUGGCACGUAUGAAAAAAUCCUCGAAGAACACAAAGGGAUGACGACCAUCAGCACAGAAGAAAUUGAAAAAGACUUGAACCGCAGUCUUCCAGAAUACGCCGCCUUUCAAACGCCAGAAGGGAUUGAGACGCUGCGGCGAGUGCUGGUAGCCUACAGCUGGAAAAACCGCGAGCUUGGCUACUGUCAGGCGAUGAACAUUGUGGUCGCUGCACUGCUCAUCUACGCAUCUGAGGAGCAAUGCUUUUGGCUGCUGGACACGCUUUGUGAGCGACUCCUACCCGGCUAUUACACGCAGUCUAUGUCCGGUACAUUACUGGAUCAAAAAGUGUUUGAAAAUUUGGUCAGAGAGACCAUGCCGGUGCUGCACGAGCAUUUUGUGAAGCACGAUAUGCAACUAAGCGUUGUAACGUUACCUUGGCUUCUUUCGCUCUACAUAAACACGAUGCCUAUGGUAUUUGCAUUCCGAGUGGUGGACUGUUUCAUGGCAUUUGGUUCGCGUGUUCUUUUCCAAGUUGGACUCGCUAUUUUAAAGCUAAACGGCGAUGAGAUUUUAAGCAUAUCCGAUGAUGGUACACUGAUUGGUGUCUUGCGCAACUUUUUCCGCACGUUGGGCGACAGUGCAUACCCAGAAAGUUCUGAGCCACGCCGCCGUCAAGUAACUCGGUUCCAGCAACUGUUGGUCGUUGCUUUUCGGGAAUUCAGCAUUGUCACAAAUGAAACGAUUGAGAAUGAGCGGAAGCGAUUCCGCCACCAAAUUGUCGAAGAGAUUGAGGGCUUUGCGCGGCGAAGCGCCAUUCGAAACCUCCAGAGUCAGGGCCGCUUUUCGAAGGCAGAGCUGGGGCUUAUUUAUGACCAGAUGGUCGAAGCAAUUUACCGAGCGCGUCAUGCGCCAAAAUCGCUCAAGGAAAGCUCCGAGCGUGACCAGGCCAACAUGCCUAUCAUACCUGCGGAUCCGAAAGAGGAGCUAAAAGAAAUGCGCAUCGACCUCACUACAUUUCGCUUAUUCCUCGGUGAAGUGGCUACGUGGGCGCGCGACGAAUACAUUGUGAGUAACGGUCUACAAGAGCGCAUUGAGCGCAAGGUGCCCGAGCAGGCGCUUGCUGCGCGCAUCUUCAAGUUUUGGGAUCAAGAAAAUUGUGGCUCACUUUCGUUCCAGGACAUUGUUACGGGUCUGGACGCAAUCAUGUUUUCGGAUGGCGAAGUGGCGUCAACGACGGAAUGGUUUUUCCGUUUGCAUGCGAACGGAAAAGAAAAGCUGACGCGGAACGAGGUGCUGAGUUUGUCUGAAUCGCUCUUAUUUAUGUUUCGAAAUGAGCCAGGGGACGAGUACCUCGGUUCUAUAUCUAAAUUAAUCCCACAGGCGUUCGAGCUAGGCGACGUUCAUAACGAAUAA